AUGUGUGUUUUUAUCUUUGUCUCGAGAAGUUCUGAAAAGCUGCUUUUCUUUGUGUUUCUGGUUCUGGUUCGGUCGGUCUUGUGUCAUGGGUUUGCUGAAGAGUUCACCUCGGGCUCUUAUGAUUUUGGGUCUGUUAUUCUGGAGCCUCUGGACAGGUUGAGAAAGUACGUGGAGUCCAUUGUCGGCACCCAUGUGAUUGAGAUUGGUGCUGAGAAUGCUGUGUUGUACCUUGACUCAGUGUUUGGCCCAGAGAACAUCUAUUCUGUUGCAAUGUUUGUCGAAAUGUUGCUGCAGUUUGUUGCUGAAGGAGCUGCCAGUGGACUGAAUGUCAUUGCUGUGUAUGUAUCUGAGAUUCUCAGAGCAACUGGAGUGAACGAGACAGUAUCAGUGCCUCAUUUCACUGCUGAGGGCGUGUCUGCUGUGACCAAGUGGGCUUUGCUGGCUCUGAUCGCCUACUGGCUCUUGUCCUUGUUGCUGCGAGUCACGGUAAUGCUUGUAAGGCGAGUGUUUUGGCUGAUUAAAGCGGUUGUAGUGCUGUGGCUGUUUGUGCGGAUCAUCGGGGACCCCACUGCCUCCAAUCAAGUCACUACAAUGAGACUGAUUUUACUAGUGCUCAUCUGUGCUGUGUUUGGAGUCGCUACGAGCAGCGGCGGAGGGACAGGAGGCAGUCUGGAAAGCCGAAUGCAGACUGGAGGGACAAUUCAGAGGGCUGGAAAAGAAGAAAAUGAGCAGCAAUGAGAAGCGAUGAGCAGCUCAAAACAAGUAUAUGGACUCAUGAUAACAGGAGAUGAGGACUCAGGGAUGACGUGUUUUAUGCAACUCAGAACAGCCUUAGGUAUUAAUAUCUGAUUUUGCCAGUUCUUUCUUGUUUUGAAUACAUUUCAUAGUUAAUUGGGCCACGGAGACUACUCACAUAUUGUUUUUAUUAAAAUGUAAAGCAAGAAGAAAGAACUUCAUCCUACAGCUCUUUGAAUUUCAUGUGGUACCAUUAAAAUCCUUGAUGUUUU